UUGCGAUCAACCUACACGCAAAGCCUCUUGCAAGAGGACAUAAUGGAGGUUGUGCCAAUCGUGGUCUUAUUGGUGUUGAGUAUGGGACUGCUCUCCCUGCAGUCUCCUAUGGAAACGCUAGAUGAUGUAUUGGUAAAUCCCGUGGAACCAGCCUUGAGGACACGCGUGAAGCGAGAGGCGUCCAGUACAGUUGCACAAAGACGGCAACUUAAUUUUGAACAAUUUAUAGAAGACAAGUUAAUUCAGCACGGUAAAGCUUUGGAACAACUGCUCAAGUCAGUCCAGAAAAAUGAAGAGCUAACUAAAACAUUGUUAGACAAUAUUGGUAAUCAAUAUGUAAGCGAGCCAAAAAUGCCCGAGAAAAUUGAGUUUAUUUCGAGACGAACGCAAGGAGGUUCAGCAGUAGUAGUCCCAGGGUUAAUCGAUACUAAUGAAAUCAGCCCUUGGUGCACUGUCGCUAUGUCAUGCCGGAGAAAGGUUGAUCCUGUAUGCGGGUUUGACGAAAAUUUUGGCUACGGGAAGUUUGAUGAUGUAUGCCACAUGCUCCAAGUGAAUUGCUAUUGGAAAUACAAUUUUGCACUCGCAAAUAAUUGCAAACCUUCCGUGUGAAAGAUCCACUUUCC